UGUUUUGACUAUAUGUUUCUAGAGUUUUUCCCAAAUUUUUUUGUACACCCUGUAUAGACAAUGAAUUUACAAUUUUCAAAAAUUUUAUUAUGAAGAAAAUGGUUUGUAACUUUGGAGUCACAAAAAAUGAAAUUAGAUUAAAAGAAUAUUGAUAUAUAAGCAUGUGACUUCGAAGUUACAUGGCAUUAUAGAGAAUUAAUGUGUAAUAUGUGAUAAAUAAUCAUAUAAAUUUUAAUACUCUUUUUUGUAUUAUAUUGCAUUUAGACUUACACCCAUUACAAUCUUAAAUGUGUAUAAUUAAUUUAACUGUCUUAUAUCUGUGUUAAUUCUAGUUAGUAAAAUUCGAGUCACUUUAUGUUAUUUUUCUAAAUUCAAGGUUUAUCAGUAUUCUUUGAACCCGAUUACAUUCCUUCUUAUAUUUUUGGACAGUUUAAUCUGAGUUUCAUUGCAUUUUUUAUGAAAUAAUACAGUUUCUUAAUAUCUCCCUUCUUUGCUGUAAUAAUUUGCUGUGUACUUCUUCAUACAUUGGAUAGGUUUUAAUACAUGCUCUAUUUAAUAUUUAAUACGUGUCCUUAUUCACUGUUCCUUAUUCUUUACUGAAGCCUUCCUGUAAGUCUCAACUGUGCUUGUACUCUUUUGAAUUUUAUUGGAAGAUUCAUCGCUAAGUAAUUCUAUGCUUAAAUUCUUUGUCUUUAGAAGCAGUAUUGUAUAUGGAUAUUUCUGCUUUACUCCUAUCUUCUUAUAUUAGACAAUUUCUUAUCUUUUCCAGUAAAAUAUUUUUGUUUCUAAUUACUUUAUCCUUUGUGGCUUGUUUCAUCCUUAGACGGGAUUUCCUAGGUGCAUCCAUAGCACGCGGCUAUAUCUGACAUAGCCUUAAAUUAGAACGGGCAAUAUCCAUCGUCUAUUUGCGCUAAUUGCAUACGUUUGAUGAUCGAAAUGUAUCGAUCAAAUCAGUAUUUUUUCGGAAGCACUAUAGACCAGUAAUUCUUAAUCUGUAGCCCCCAAGAAGCACACAUAUAAGUUAUUAUUUUAUGAUUCGAAUACAAAAUAUUCACUACGAGCAUAUGUAUUUAUUUAUUUAUAUUAAAUCUUUUCUCUUCAAAUUUGAAGGUUGUUGAUGAGUAAUUGAUGAGUUUUUUAAAUACACAUAUUUAAGGUAUAUUACAGAUUUAAAUUUUAAAUUAUCUUGGGGGUCCGCGAUAACAAAAAAUUAUUUAAAAGAGCUCCGUAGUAAACAACAGAUUAAGAUGCAAACGCAAUGCAAUCAAACUGUACCGGACUAAUCAGUCUUUUUUAUUAAAUAAUUUUAUUUAAAAAAUACAUUUCUGUUUAAUAAAAAAUAAUGAUAAUUAAUAAAAAUGUAUCCUUUUUUAACAACAAUUAAUAUUGUUAAAUAUUUUUAUUUUAAAAAUAUAAGUUAAUUUUAAAGGUUCAGACAUAGGGUUUUCCACAUAUAUUUUUGAAAUUACAUUCCUUUAAAAAAUGCAAAAAGAUCGGUUUUUUCGAAGGUUUACUCUAGAAUAUUUCCUUCAUAAAAAUUAAUAACAAUUAAUUUUUUAUGAUAGAAUUCAAUUGCAAAACCUGUAUUUUAAUGUUCUAUAAUGAGUAACUAAAAGAACUAGUUAACAUUAACCUUACCAGGCCCUGUCAAAUGGCCGGCUUCAAAUUUAAUUUAAAACUGUACAUUCAUUGUUAUUUUUUUUGUUCAUCUAACAUCAUAGAUUUUAAUAAAUUAAUAUAUUUAAGAAAAUGAAACGAGCACGUAUAAAAGCUAUGGUUACUGUUCCAACCCGAAGGAAGCCAACUCAAGAUGUAUCCAUUACUGAAGACCCUAAUUCAAUUGAACACAAUGAGAAAAAUAAAGAUAUAUCUAAUGACAUUUGUAUAACAUCACAACAAAUUUCAAAAAAUGUUUUCCAAGAAACACAAAUACAAGAAGAUGAUACAAAAGAUGUAGAUGAUACAAAAAAAUUAAUACACCAAAUUCAAGACGUAGGAGACCAAAAAGAGAAUGAGGAAUUACAUGUUGAUAAUCAAUAUAGUGAAUAUAAGGAUGACUCUACAAAAAAUUCUGAAAAAUCUAUGAAAGAAAUUGUACAUUCCCCAGAAGUUUUAAACACAACACAAAUUAAUUCUCCUAUAAAAUUAACACAAAAUCGGACUGGUUUUAUGAAACCAACACCAAAAUUUGAUAAUAGUAAUAGAAUACGGAGGAAUAGUAUUCAAGGGAGUGGAGCAAGUACAAGUGAAUCUGAAGAUGAUAAUAGGAGACUAUCAUGCACUAUUGCUAAUCAUACUAGGAACGAUUUAACGCAAUCAACAAAUAAUACAAAAGAUGCAGUUACUAAUAAUAUCAAGAAUAAUUUAAUAACAUCCAAAGUAGGACAAAAGAGACGUAUUUUAGUUUCAGAAUCUGCAAGGAAACUAGCAGAAGCUAGAAGAGAAUUUCAUUUAAAGCAUGAAAAUAAAACCCCAGAUAGAAGCAAACUUACAAUGUAUGAUUUAAUUUAUUAUAAUCCUGUUACUAAUCCCAUGAAAAAGUCUAAAGACUCUGCCAUAUCAACAAGAAGAGUCUCAGAAUGUCAAUCUGAAGAAUUUCAAGAAGAAGAAAAUGAAGAUGAUCCAUCAUCUACAAUGCCAGUACCUCAAGUAAAAGUUGGACCAAAUGGUGAAUUAAUAAUAGAUGAACAGAGUCUUGUUAUAGAGCAAACUAAUGCAAAGAAAAGUAGGAAAGUAUUAGCAAAAGAAGCUAUUAUUGAUGAUGAUAAUAGUGGAAGUGGAUUUUAUAAAAAGCGUCAGAAAAGUAAAGAAUGGUCCGCACGAGAAACUUUAAAUUUCUAUAGGGCAUUAAAUACAAUUGGUACAGACUUUUUGUUGAUGCAAAGUCUUUUUCCUAACAGAACGAGACAGGAAAUGAAGAUAAAAUUUAAGAAAGAAGAGAAAGUAAAUAGACAUUUGGUUGAAAAAGCUCUUGCAUAUCAUCAAGAAUUUGAUACUGAAAUGCUAGAAAAGUCAUUAGCUGCAUUUGAAGCUUCAGAGAAAGAACUUUUAAGUAUAAAAGAAAAACGUAAACAACAAAGGAUGAAGAAGAAUAAAAAAUCAAGGAAACGACGAAUAAGUAAAUUAGCACGCAGUAUUGGGAUUGAAAGCGAGACUGAUAGUGAAGAAGGAGAAGAAGGAGAAGAUGAAGAAGAAGGAGAGAAUGAAAAAUGCGGCUUGGAUUCAAUGGUAUACAAAGAAAAUACAAAAUCAAAUGGCAAAUAUCAACAAACAUUAAAUAAGACAAAUAAAAAACUUUAUAAAAGACCAAGAGAUGAGGAAAAGUUAUUGACGGAAAGAGAUGACGUAGAAUCAUUAAGUUCAUGUAACGAUGUUGACAGUGAUACUGAAGUUUAUCGUGUAAGACCAACAAGAUCUGGAAGAUUACCAAAAGUAAAAAGAUUACAGGGACCUGAUAUAAAUACAUUUGAUAAGGAAAAGUUAAAUUACUGCUCUAAUGAUCAUGAAAUUACAAUUUCAUCAGAAAAUGAUGCUAAAGUUACAGAGGAUUUAAUUUUUGACAGUAUUAAUUCAGAAAUUCGUCAUAUAGAUCCUCUUAAAACAGUUAUACCAAAUAUCGGCGACGUAGAACCAGGAUCCUUUGUUAUUUUGUCAAAAGAAUCUUUGGAGGAACCAGGUAAAAGUGUUUUGCAAGUUUAUAUGGUUAGUUCGGACGUUCAUCCUUAAGAUUUCAAGGAACCUAACAUACAUAUGUCACCAAAACUCUUAUAAUUCGCAAUUGUAAUCAUUGACUAUCAAAUGUUAAAUCACUUUCAACAAAAAGAAUACUUAAUUUAAUUUACAUGAAAGGUUUUAAAUUAACUUAAUUUAAUAUACAUAUAUCUCUAUAUCUUUAUAUCAUUUAAAAUUUCUACUGAAAAUGUCACAUACUUGUAUAUUAUAUUUAAAUUUUUGGUUAGAAUUCAAAUGCACUUAUGUACAUUAUCUGUUUAUAAAAAAGCACUUGAUUGUGUUAGUUCAUUGUUUUAGUUAAAUUUUUACUUUAUUUACUUAAAUUUUUUAUUAUUAGACUAAAGAAAAUUGAUUUAAUAAUUCCUUCAUAAUGUACUUUGUUUGAUAUGGGAUUAUAAAGAAGAUGAUAAACAGAAAUUAUAAAGAUAAGGACGCAAAUUUUAAACUUCACAAUUAUGAUAAACGUAAUAUAGAACAAUUAUUAGUUCAUGUAAAAAAUUUAAAGAUUGUUCUAUUUGCAAUCAUUAUAAAAUUCAAAUUGAUACAUGAAUAUUAAAUACCACUUCUAGAUCCACAAGCCAGGUUCGGAUGUUUAUUCUAUCUGUUUUUAUAUAAAUCUAGAAUGUCCGAUCGUAACUCUGCCUAUUAAUUAUUGCCAGCAUAUAUUGUUAUACAGUAGCACAUUCUUUGGAGAGUGCCAUUUUCCAUACAGUGCAUUAAUUAAGUAAUAAUAAUGCUAAUUCUUUAAAUGUGGCCUGGAAUACAUUUCAACUUUUGAAUGUAGCCGUGAAUUAUAAAUGUGAAUGGUUUGACUGUUAUAUUCCUAGCUUUUGAGCUAUAAAUAUUUAUAUAUGUUUUUUUUAUGAUUAAUUGCUAAAUUUAGACAAUAUGAUGAGUAUUAGACUACUUUCCUAAAGAUUCAAACGAAUCAUACAAUACAUUUGUAAUUUUAUAAUCUUGUCUGAUGCUUUUAUGUAUUUUUAUGUGUAUUAAGUUCUGUUAAAUAAUUUCCAUACAUUAGAUUUUAGCAACUAUCAUGAUGCAUUGAAUAAGGUUGUAGUGUUUAACAUACCCUCUUAAGACUAUCUAUCAGAGUUCAACUUAUUUUAAUUACAUUGAUGUUAUCUAUAUUGUAUUUUAUUAUCAUUUUCUAAAUUGCAUGAUAUUCUAUCACAUUGGAGCAAUUUAGGAAAUAUUGUAAAAUGCUGAUUUUUGUAACAUUUUUUACAUGAACAUAUCUUGCUUAUAUAUAUUUUAAUAGUAGUUUAUUAUAUAUAAAUUUUAUUAGUAGUUUAAUUCAUCAUGACUUUAUAAAUAUCAAGCAAAGAAAUAUUUUCUGAAAAUUUCAUUUAUGUAAAUAUGAAUUCGAUUGUAAUUGAGUUAAAUUAAUUUUUAAAACUUGACUAAAAUGUACAAGCUGCAUAAAAUAAAAAUGUCAUGAUCACCACUGUGAGAUUCUAUACCUCUGGAUUCUAUACCUAGGAUGGGUUAUCUCACAUGCUAAGGAAUAACUUCCUGUUUUCUCAUUAAUAUCACGCUAUUUACUUCUUAUCUGACUAAGAAAGAUAAACAACACAAAUAAUGUCAUUAGAAAAGCCAAAGGAAUUUUCCAAGGGAACAGUUGAGUUCCAAUCUGUGGUUCCUGUAACAAGUUUGGUCCUUAUAAUGAAUAGAAUAUGAUGCACCAAAAAAAAAUUAGCCUUGAUAUUCAAGGUCACAGUCAAUUUUGCUGCAGCUUUAUUCAACAACUUUUUUUUGCAAAUGAUGGUCAUGACAUUUAUUUUGUAUGCACUCUGUACAUAUUUGCAUCAUUAUGAUAUUGUAAUUUGAUUUUAAUUGUUUAAUAUAUAUACUUACCUGUUAAUUCUCUAUACUCCACGCUUGGCUUAUAAGUAUAGGAUUAGUAUCUGUGAUGUUAUUGCAUACUUCUCAUGCAUUAGCAGGAUAAGGUACACUUAUGGGAGUUAAAGAACUAAGUAUUUCAUAAUUUUGCCUUUAUCAUGUUCAACAUCCAGGACACCUUCCACAAUUAUAGAUAACUACAAAAGUAUUUUACUCAUUAAAAUCAAAUUUAUUCCAUUAGCAAUAAAGAAUAAUGUGCGAAAAUAGCAAAUUUGCAUUAUUCAAUAAAUGGUAUAUUUUCCUUGUUUAGAAAUAUUACUAUUGAUAAGAAAAGUGCUUGUUCGAAGUUAUUAGUACAAAAGUUAAAAUAAUUUUGUAUAAUUAGAAAAUUAAAAUAAUAAGUAAUAAGCAAGCAAGUAAUAAUAAAUAAGCAAGAAAGUUUGUAUUUAACUACUUUUCAAAGAAAGAUUUGGUGAAUUUGUAGAACCAUUCCGUCCUUUCCGAUUUCUAUAAUUUUUGAAUAUUUUGUAAAGUUCAACAGUUUGAACAACAUUUUCGUACACGUGUAACGGAGUCGAUUUCGCUUAUUUUACAAGAUAUUCGCAAAAAAACUGCAGGUACCACUAGAGUGUAUUUCUGUCUAUAGUUGUGCGUCUGUGGCUGCGUAUGCGUUAGUGUUGAUUGUAGGCCAUCGGCAGCUUAUUUUUUAUUUAUAAACAAAUAUCUACAACAUAUAUGCGAAACUGCAAGAAUUGUCUCUUAUAAUUGACUUAAAAAUGAAUAUCAUCAACGUAUUAGGUUUGGAUUAAUUUUCGUAAUUCGGCCGCCACGAGUCUAGUAACGCUUGCGUGAAAUAAUAACAAAUUAAUUACAAAAAUAACAGACGAAUGAAUAAUUGAUACUAUUUUACGAAAUAGAAUAAUCGUUAUAUUUCAUGGCAGCCAUCUGCUUCGCAGCGAUAUUGGAAAGUUUAAUCCAAACUCAGACCCCACUUAUUAAUGAUAUUCACUUUUAAUUGAAUUAUAACUUAUAAAAAGACUGCAUUUCUUACAGCUUCGUAUAUGCACGUUAUGCACGGGGUCUUUACGCUCGUCCAACUCUCUUUUAUAAACAGAAGAUAAGCAGCCGGUAGUCGGCAACUCAUACUAACGCAUAUGUUGUCACAGAUGCACAACUACGAACAGAAAUAUUCUGUAGCGAUGCCUGUAGUUUUUUGCGAAUAUCUCGGAAAUUAAGCGAGACCAACAGUAAUAUGUAAAAAGAACAAUUGCUCAAAAUGUUGAUUUCUCAAAGUUCUACAAGUUCACCAAAGAUUUUUUUAUCUUGAUUAUAAAUAUAUAAAAUGAUAUACGAAUUCAUAGUAAACAAGUUUCUUUAAAAAGUAUAGUUUGAACUUCUUCAAAUAUAAAAAUACAAAUUUUAAUUAAAUUUUGUAUAAAGAGAUUUAAAUUAAUUUUGUAUAUUAUGGUGCAUAACAUAUACCUUUUCCUAAUAAUGUUAGGUUUUUAUAAUAAUAUAUGUAUAUAAAAUAUAUAAAUAUAUACUUGAAUAUUAAUGCUAUA